UGACGGGCUAACAGGGGCUAACCGGAGCUAACAGCACUAGUUUCCUCCUCCUGCUGCCAAAUCUUGCCGGUCCGUGUUGCUGACUGUCCCGCAUCAUGUUCAGAGCUGCCGUCCGACUCUCGGUCUCCGGUGUCCGGAGCUUAACCCGCACGCAACCAGGGUCCCAAGCUGUCUUGGCCUCGAGGUGUUACUCUCAUGGGAAGCAAGAGACGGACGAGGAGUUUGACGCCAGAUGGGUCACUUAUUUCAACAAGCAAGACAUUGACGCAUGGGAACUGAGAAAAGGGAUGAACACAUUGAUCGGGUAUGACCUGGUCCCGGAGCCAAAGAUCCUUGAGGCUGCACUGAGAGCCUGUCGGAGAUUAGAUGACAUGGCCAGCGCUAUCCGAAUUUUGGAAGCCGUCAAGGACAAAUCCGGCCCUCAUAAAGACAUCUACCCGUACGUGAUCCAGGAGCUGCAGCCGGUAUUGAAGGAGCUCGGUAUCUCUACACCCGAAGAGCUCGGCAUUGACAAAGUGUAGAAGAACAGAUCUAACCACAGUGGAUACACCCAGGACAUACAGCCCUUGUACUUACAUGUUUUCCUUACCAUGCGUGUGAUAUUUAAUUUGGCCUUUAUUAAGUUCUUUUGCUUGUAAAAUAUUGAUGAACAUAAUAAAGGAGAAUAUAUCUUUAACUGUCACAAGUAUAUUGGAAUAUUUUAUUAGUUCAAGUGCAUAUUGAAGCAAUACAUCAUGAUAGGUUGCUUAAACUCAGAGCAGAGCAUCACCAAAUGGUACAUGUUGUCCAGUUGUGUCCAGAUCUUCUUGUAAGACUCACAUUCUGCCACCAGGGAGCAGCAUUUUCGCAUGAAUGUAAAGUUCAUUCUACUGUACUCAGUCUGCAUUACAUCUGUUUUCAUUUCAGGGAAACUUAACGUGAUGGUAAAAUAAACUUGUUCAAACUGCAA